AUAGUGCUUGAGUGACCAAAAGUGUAAAAAUAAAUAAAUAAAUAAAUAGUGAAUUAUUGUAUAAAAUGAUUUCAAGUUCUAAACUUUGUGAAUGGACUAAAUAGACUUAUAAAACAUUUAUUUCACAUCAAAAUGUUUAGUGUCAAGCUAAUUCCUGUUCUCCUGGUCAUCGAGUUGAGGUUCUCAAAAUGUUCGCUGGUGAUUGACAACUUUCUACAGAAGUCUAUAUUCCUAUCUGACUACUGUCCCUCCUUUGAGUUCUGCAGAGAGGGCGCCCACGUCAUGUGCAUGUACUACAACCCUAACCAGGUGCUGGGUCCAAAAUGCAAUAAUGGUCAAAACAUCACCAUCACCGAGGAGUUAGCAACAAAACUGUUGGACGUGACAAAUGCGAUAAGGAGCAAAAUAGCAAACGGGAGAGAAGUAGGCAAGGAUGGCGAGACGCUGCCUCGGGGAUAUGGGAUCUUUCGACUGCAAUGGGACAACGAGCUAGCAACGUUCGCACAAGUGCUGGCCAACCAAUGUACUCUACGACAUGAUUUCUGUCGAUCAACCAAAAGGUUCCCAGACCCUGGACAAGCGGUGGGUCUGGUGCGGUUUUCGUACCCAGACUGGAAGAUAAUGUCCAGAAAACAAGACCCUCCUGGGUUAACUGACGCCAAAAUGAUUUAUGCUGUCACAAUGACCCUCAAGAAUUGGUACUCGCAAAAAACUGAUGUUACCGAAAAAAUGGUGAAGAUGUAUCCUGACUAUAGUUUAUCCCCCAAUUCAGGAGCACCAGGUCGCCUUUACCUGGAGUUGAUAAACGGUGCAGCAACACACAUGGGCUGCGGCAUGGCAGCCUAUUCCGAGUACAUCUAUCACAAGAACUCUCGACAGGAUAUGUACAACUCCAUGAUAUUAGUAUGUAACUAUUCUGUGCGACCCCGAAAAGGGCGUGAAUCAUAUGUUACGGAGCCCCCAAUACCAGGCCAAGGAUACAGCCCCCAAUGUGGUUGCCCUCCAGAUUCUGUGGAAGAUGAGGAUUGCCUCUGCAAUGUAGUAAAGAAGGACCCUGAACGUAAAUUACCAGAAAAGUGUAACAGCCUCGACGGUAAGGGAUGCGAGCCGACCCUGGUUCUACUGCCUAUAUUCACCAUGGAAGACUCGCCAUCUGACAAAUUAUUUGAACAAGCAGAAAGUAUGAAAGACCCGUUGAAGGAUUUUAUAUUGCAAAGGAUGGACAAUUCGAGUGGCUCUCAAAGGACUAUAGAAUCUGAAAAUAUAUUUGAUAUUUUUACUUCAAAACCAAAACAGAGUGCUCUGCAAAGCUUUGCACUAAGAUCUGGUCCGACCGGACAAGCACUGAGGCAGACAUCAUCACAAUCAUCUAACAUUAUAUACAGAGCGCCGGUUGCACCGCCUGCGUUUUCACUAACGGUCGAAUCUCCUCCUCCUCCUCCAAGAAUACCACCACCACCGCCGCCACUACCACCCCCUCCACCACCGCCUCGACUUCCAGCUCGUACCCGCCACAAGACUCAUGCACCACCACCAAUCCCACCACCAAUCCCACCACCAAUUCCCCCACGGCCUCCACCGCGCAAGCCACCUCACGCUCGCACUACACCAAAGCGUGACUACACACCAGCUCUAAGGGCACAUGAUGAUUCACAAACGAUAGAUGCCACACAUUCUGAUGAUGAGUUCGACCCACCAAAGAUAGGACCACCCCCUAUACCACCGAGACUAUCCCACAAAAAAGUGACAAAGAAAUCUAGUAUAUUCACAAAAGUAGCACAAUUUAAGUUGCCAGCUAGAAAAAACAUGGUGUCCCCAUUUGUAACAGCAAAGAAAGAUGUUUCACCACGAAAAGAUUUUUCGAACUUAAAUAAAGAAGUUGAUGAAUAUCUAAAACGUCAACGGUUUGCAUAUAGAAGGAAUGAUGUACAUUCAGAAGUUGCUACUCCAGAUUUAGAAACACCACACACAGAAGUACACGCGGAUGAAAUAACAACUGAAGUCAUUUUAAAGACUGCUGAGGAAAGAGUCAUUAAUUUCAAUCAGUAUUUGAAAGAAAAAAAGUACAAUAUUGAUAAUCAUACCUUAGACAUGGUACUCAAAGAAGAAAACGAAAAAGACAGCAAGCUACUAUCUCUCCUCAAUACUUUGGAGAAAGAAGUGAAACAUAUUGCACUCGAUGGUAACGAAAAAGAAUUGUUUGAUGCAAAAAUUAGAAAAAUUUACGGUUCAAUAGUAGGUACCACUGAAACAACAUUACUUUCGCCUGUUACUACCAACGCCUAUGAUUCAGAUGUUGCCGAAAUUGACAUUGGUAACACGAAAAAUUCAGGAAAACACGAACUUGCUAAUUUAACUGAUGAUGAAAAACAUCCACAUGAGCUCAAAAAAAGUAGCGUACCUCCUGAAGGAGAUACGGAGAUGAGUCAUACAAAGAAUUAUGACUAUUUAGUUCACUCAAGGAACAAAAAGUUAAAUAAUGAUUUGCUACAUAAAAGGUACAAUAAUAAUUUAGAUGAGAAUGGUUUCAGUGAUACGGAAGGCAAACAUGAUGUUAAUAAUCAUAACAAAUAUACUUACCACCACGGUCAUAAAUAUGAUUCUGAUAUGGAACAAAAAUACAUGGACUAUUUCGAAAAUAAAUUUAACGAGAAUCUUGAUCACAAUAAAUACAGCGAAAACAAUUUAGAUCUAAAAUUCGAUAUAAGACAUAAAUAUAUUGAAAAUGACCCAAAGUAUCACUUCGAUGACAAUUUGAACAAUAAAUUUGACGAUAACUUACCAGUUCAUAAGAAGCUAUUAAAGUAUGUAGGUAAAGAUUUCAAUGAAAUCAGAGAAUUAAAACAUAACUCCUUAACUUCUAUGGAAGAUAAUGCACUUAGACACAGUAAUUUGCUGAAAUUUAGGAACAGAGACUUAGCUAAAGGUAGCCAUGAUCGCCAAGAAAGGGAUAAUCACAGAAAUAAGGAACUAGAAAGAAAGCACAGAGAAAAGGUAGAAAUAAAAAGAAAUAAAAUCUACCAUUAUCGCGAUGAUGGUAGUAUAAAUGAUCCGUUAAGUUUAGAACGAAGAAAAUAUUAUCAAGAAAAGAUAGACAACAUUGAGAGAAGGCUUCGUUCAAAUGCUCGAAAUGCUAGACACAAGAAUGACCACGGAGCCGACAGACAAAUGCGUCGAAUGAAACCGAGUAUAUCAAGAACAAGGCCUAAAUCCGACAACAUCUACAUUCCGUCCAGUGGAAGAUUUAUACACUCCUUCUGAAAAGAAGAUGGUUAUACAAACUAAUAAUUAGAAUAAAAACCUGUAUAUGUAUAGGGGACCACCGGGAUGUUUUCAAGUCUCGAGGAGAUAGGCAAGCUUCAUCGUUGGCCCCAUCAUAGCUUUUCACCAGGCGAAAUGGAAUCCGGCGCGCCGUACGCACGGGUCUGGUUCUCGGGCGGCGUGCUUUUUUUUUGAGGUGGGAAAAUCAUCCAAUGACUUCUCUCGCCUUGGGCGAGGCGAAAGGGAGUGUCAGACUCUUACUGACUACAAACCACCCCGUUUCUACUCCUGCUUUUUGAACCGGAGCCCCGGUAAACCCGCUAGGUAGUCCGCUGUGCCCUUGUUCUCCGUCCGCAGACCCGCACUUACGGUGGCCGGAGACCGUCACGCGAUCCCCUAUGCCCGAAGUGUCUCUCGCGACGGCUGGGGCGAGAUGUGCGUGAUAAUUAAUCACACCAUUUUGACGCAUCAUUUCGCACGUUUGUACUGGCCCAGCUAUAGUGCAGCGGGUGUCCAUGGGUAGCGCUUCAUUGCCUACCAUCAGGUAGUCCGUCUGUUUCUCAAAUAAAAAUAUUGUUGACUAUUAUUUAGUACUUUACAAUUAACUAUAUUAUAAGUUUCAAGAAUACAUUCACAUA